AUGGAUGAUCAUAAUUAUGGCAAAGACAGUAUGAUAGAUCCUGAUGAAGACAGUAUGAUAGGUCCCGAUAAAGACAGUAUGAUAGGUCCCGAUGAAGACAGUAUGAUAGGUCCCGAUGACUCAGCUUCUAUAUUAGUUGGAUCAGAAACAUCAGAAUCAAUUACUGAUGAAUUAACUAAUUCACAAAGAUAUAGAUCUCCCAUCUGGAAGCAUUUUUCUUCAUUAGAAAAUGAAAAAAAGCUAGGUGUAAUUAUUUAUCAAAAAUCAGUAACUAAUAGUGAUUCAUCAAGUCUACCAGAAGGUCAAACACAAUUAGAUCUUAGUAAAUUCAUAAAACGACCUUCAAAAAUUCCAAGUAGAAAAGACAUAAGUGUUCCUAAUUUCACUAUUUGUGCUAAUAUGGUAAAGCGAGAUGUUAUGAGUGCCUAUGAUAAAAGAAAAGCUUUUAUUAAAAAAGUUCUUCAAAAUGUAAAUG